GAGCCGAAUCUGUCAGUUUGACAGCAGUCAGCACCCCAGGAAUCGCGGUCCUUGCCCUCUUGAACUCUCGAUUAGCGGCCCUGUCCAACGUCACCUUUCCGAAUUCCCUCCGUUCGGCACCUUUCUCGUACCCUGUAUUAGAGCCUCAUCAUCCUCCGAACCGUUGCGACUCUCUCAACACUUGCCCUCGUCGACUCCUCAAUCGCAAUCCAAUUCGUUCCUUUACUCUAUAUAUGUUUUCGCCAGCGCGGGCCCAAUGAGCCCCAUCGCCAACGCCGCUAUGCCUACCCCGAGUGAUGUCCCUCUCUCCCCUCCGCUCGAACCGAUCGUCGUCGGCACGGUGCGCCCUUCUUGCCCACCCGACGAUACGCGCGAUGCGAACGUACGGGGAAUUGCACUAGACGAGGUAUCGUCGCCUUCCACCCCAAACAUCGAUCGCAACGAGGAAUAUACCCGGCCAAUCCAAGAGCCCACACCGCCCAUCGAUUCACCAUGCACCCACGACGAGCUGGUCGCAUUGCUACAGAGCCCACGUAAUGUGGAAUUGAAGGGGGAGGAGAUGCGCUUGCAAGAGGCUUAUCGUCUGAUGCACGAGCUCGAGCAGAAACGACAGUCCGAGGCCAAGGAGAAAUCCGACUCGUCCUUCGAUAUCAAGGAACCCAUACCUUCAAUACGAAGCCCCCCUUCUCCGAAGACAAAGUUCGUUCCCAACACGACGUCGUCAUAUCUUCGUCCGGGCGCCAAGUUCCACGGCGCGCAACAGUCGGAUCGACAGCAGUACGACGUCCAGGUUGAGAUCAUACACGUUGACAUCGCCGACUCGUUUCUCUGCGGAUAUCUACGAAUACAAGGUUUGACGGAUGACCACCCGAUGCUGACCACGUACUUCGACGCCGAAAUCAUCGGCACGAAACACACCUUCCUCACCAAGAACGAAACCUGGGGCUCCUCGGAGAAGACGGACAUGCAGCACUGGGGCCGCUUCCCCGCGUGGAAACCGCUGGCAAAGGCCGCCAAACGCGCGGACUUCAGCUACAAGAACUUCGCCCAGCGCGAACACCUGUUCAUGCGGUGGAAGGAACAUUUCCUCGUCCCCGACCAUCGCAUCCAGACCCUCACCGGGGCGAGCUUCGAGGGGUUUUAUUACAUCUGCUUCAACCAGGUGACGGGAACCAUCAGCGGGAUCUACUUCCACUCCAAGAGCGAAAAAUACCAGCAAUUGGAAUUGAAGCCGGUCGAAGAGCAUGGGUGGUUUCAACCAGCGUAUGAAUUUCGAUGAUGGCAUAGACGGAGGCGGUUCGGACGACACGGUCGCGUAUCGCGAAUUGUCCAGCCUCUGACGUUUAGCGGGAGGUCCUUCUUCGUUCUUGUACGAUUUAACGCCGGAGGGACGCCUCUAUUGGAGGCAAGUUUUGGGGUCGGGUUGAUGGUAGCACGUCCAUUAGACACUGGCAUUGUUUUGUUGUGUCUAUGGGAUUGGUAACGGGGUU